CCGCCGAGCCACUACUCAACCACCCUGCUUAUUGUUAAUUCCAACAAUGUACUCGCUUACCUCGAUCAUCGCUCUUGGGGCUACCAUCUUUGCCGCCUUCGCCAAUGCCAAUGGUGCCAGUGACAAGCCUUGCCCGCCAACCAAGGCAGAUGUUCAAGUGCCUGCCUGCCCCUCAACAGUGACUGUCAGAUUUGACAAGACUAUUCCUGAGCAAACUGCAUGCCCGCUGACCACUAUCGGCCUGUGCUACACGUCUACAGCUCUGAACUUGGUGUUCACAGCAUACGGUGAGACCAACUUCUACUUUGACCCCUCGCAGACUACUAAUGGCGACAUCUGGGCCUACGAGGUCAUGGAGGCAUUCAUCUACAAGGGAACCGACAAUCCUCAGACCUAUUUCGAGUACGAAGUGAGCCCGAACAAUGUCACCUACAACUCAUUUGUGUACAACCCGUCGCGAGUGCGCACUACGGGUGCGCCUUUCGACCAUGCGUUCAUCUCUGAUCCGUUUGGGGACGGCUUUAAGGUCACCACGGCGCUGGAUAAGCCCAACCACAAGUGGGUUUCGACCUCAUCGAUCCCGCUCGCCCUGUUCAACGCUGAGAACCCAAAGGGCACCAAUUGGCGCAUGAACUUCUUCCGCACAGUUACUGGCCCAACCACUUACCCGAACCAGCAGUUGUGUGGCUGGAAGAAUACAGGAAAAGCCAGUUUCCACAUCACCCCUGCUUUCGGGACUGUUGCCUUUAUAUAACCCAGUACAUUUACCAGCACCAAUAACUAUGGAACUUUAUUGCAAUAAUACACUGACAAGAAUACUGCUAUUGCAAAUCAGAUUCUGGUGUACUUUCAGCCA